AUGGAAGAUUUAUAUUCAGUUGUAUCUCUUAGAGACGAUAGAGGUGAAUAUUCUACUGAUAUACUUAUUGAAGAUGCAAAGAUUUCUGAAGUAGAGAAAAAAGGAAACAUUACUCUAAAAGAAGGCUAUGGUUUGAAAAGAAAACGAUCUGAUGGAUUUUUGAAUCUGUUUAACAAAGAUAGAACCAAUAUUUUAUAUUUUGGAAAAACUGUUGAAGAAUUUCAAAUUCGUUUGAAAGAAGCUAAAGGUGAUAGAUGUUUGACUGUCUUGAAUUCCGAACAAGUUGAUGCUAGAAUUAAGAAAAUGAAGGAAUCUCAUAGAUCUAAGAUUGGUUGGAUACAUGUUGGAACUAUUCAGAUUUUGAUUAAGUCUACUUUUCGUAGAAAUAUCCACUGCCCUGUUAGAAUUGCUGUGAUUGAUAAUAGAAUGACUAAAAACUGUGAUAAGAUACUUGGGGUAAUUACUGGAGAUCUUGGAUAUGGAGUUGUUAAAUUCGAUGUUACUUGUAAUUAUGCUGUUCCGCUUGCAUCUAGUUGUUUUAAUAAUUCGAUUGGAAUCUGGUUUGAAUUAAUGAAUAAAGAUAUUAUGCAAGAAACUGAUAUUCCGUUUUCUAUUACUUAUGCUACAUCUUAUGGUUUAAGCAACUCUCAUCAUAGUGUAGAAUUUAUUAAUAAAGAUAAGAUUGUUAUUGAAGAUUUAUUUGCUAGAACAAGCACUAGAUUAGAAUUUAUUGAAAGAUUACCUUCCACUAGUAAUACUAGAUUGUUGAAAUCUGAAAGCUUUAGAAUCACUGCACCUAUAUCUGUUGGAAAAGAACCAAUGUUAGAUGAGAAACCUCAGGAAGCACCUGCUGUUAUACACUUACCAAUGAAAUCUGAUUUAGAUGAGAUUAAAAAUCAAGUUAGAGAACUAAAUGUUUUGACUCAGGAUUUAUCUAGAAGAAUUUGA